AUGGUGUUGGCAGCCGUCGCCCAGCUGAAAUCCACAUCCGUGAUCGCCGACAACCUCGCCGCCUCGGUCUCGCUCAUUCGAUCGGCUGCGCUCGCAGGAGCCAAAGCCAUCUUUCUUCCCGAAGCUACCGACUUUAUCGCUCCUACAGCUCAAGUUGCCUCGCUCACCCGAUCCCAGGACAACGCCACCUUCGUACAGGGAAUUCAGUCCGCAGCCAAGGAAGCUGCCAUCUGGGUUUCUGUCGGAAUACACGAACCACCCUCUGCUCAACAAGACGAAAAGGAUUCGGCGGACAACAGGGGACGACUACGAUGCUACAACACACAGCUGUUGAUUGAUCAGACGGGGGCGAUUCUGGAUCGGUACAGAAAACUACACCUCUUCGACGUGGAUAUUAAGGGUGGACUUAAGAUUCUAGAGAGCGAUUCUACUAUUAAGGGAAACGAGUUGUUGACACCGAGACAGACGCCGCUCGUCUACCGACAGCGUUCCGACAGCGUCAGUUUCAAGUUGCUGACACUUUUCUUCUUUGACCCCCGUGUGGUUGCUCACAGUGACAUCCAACCUUAUAAACCUACCUUCUGCCUGGCGGAUAUCGUAAGUCUCCUUCGCGCCAAAAACUCCAACCUCGCCCUCGAUCGUAUCACUGACAAGAAUCUUGCAUCCUCUUCUGCAUCGCACUGCCACUAA